AUGAAAAAUCUCAUGGAUACCAUGCACAAACGCGGGAAACGUUUUUCAUUUGGCGAACAAAAAACAUUAAUGAGGCAGCUGUUAUCUGGAUUGAAGCACCUCCAUGAUAAUUGGAUUUUACAUCGUGAUUUGAAAACUUCUAAUUUGUUAUUUUCUCACAAAGGUAUAUUAAAGAUUGCCGAUUUCGGUCUCGCUAGAGAGUAUGGUGAUCCACUGAGAGCGUACACGGCCGUUGUUGUAACAUUGUGGUAUCGCGCACCAGAGCUGCUUCUCGGUCAAAAGGUGAGUUGGCUAUGCGUUGAGUGUUUUGCCUUUCGUAACAAUUCGAAAAUUUUUGGAGUUACUUGA